AGAUAGAUAGAUAGAUAGAGAGAGAGAGAGAGAGGGAGGAACAGAGUGGAUGAGAGAGAGAAACAAAAAGAAACAGGGAGACUGAUAAAGUAUGAAGAGGGAUGAAAGCAAGAGAGAGAUACUGUAGUUUGAAGAGGAACAAAAGUUUUAAUUUUAAUUUUAGAAGGAAAUACAAGAGAGAGAAGGAGAGAGAGAUAGAAACAAACUAAGGGGUGUGUCAUAGAAAUUUAGUUCCUCAAGGAAGUGCAACUGACAUUUAUCUUGAGACGGUGGCGAGCAGCACAGAUAGACGCGACACAGAGGGAUUUUAUUUUAUUUUCACCUGGAAAGAUGAAGGGAUUCCAUUAACGAGUGCUCAAUGCUGACAACCUGAGCCACGUGCCGUGGGGACUGAGACGUUUGACACGAAGGAGGGAGGGGGACUCUCUCACACACACAGGUAAGGAUGGAGUCGUUCAGCUCCAAGGAUAUGGCCAUGCAGGCCCAGAAGAAGAUCCUCAGCCACAUGGCCAACAAGUCUGUGGUCCAUAUGUUCAUAGACGACACCAGCAGUGAGAUCCUGGACGAGCUCUACCGUGUUUCCAAAGAGUAUUCAGGCAACCGCUCAGAGGCCCAGAAGGUGGUGAAGGACCUGAUCAAGAUUGCAGUGAAGAUUGGCGUGCUGUUCAGACACAACCGUUUCAGCCCAGAGGAGCUGAGUCUGGCCCAGGACUUCAAGAAGAAGCUGCAUCAAGGAGCCAUGACAGCCAUCAGCUUCUAUGAGGUGGAAUUCACCUUUGACAAGACAGUAAUGUCGGAGAUCCUGACAGGAUGCAGAGAUCUGUUGUUGAAGCUAGUCGUCUCCCACCUCAAGCCCAAAUCCCAUGGUCGCAUCAACCACGUAUUCAACCAUUACUCCGAUCCAGAGCUUCUGACACAGCUGUACAACCCUGAUGGACCCUUUAAACCCAACCUCACCAAAAUCUGCACCGGCCUCAACCGUCUGCUGGAGGAGGGGACGUUAUGAGAGUGUGAGCAAGUCUAUGAUUGUGAGAGAGACACUGGGAGAUCUGCUUGAAGGGGUCUGCUUAGAACUCAAGAGAGGACUGUGUGUAAGGACAGGAAGUGUCCAUGCUCUAAAUGAGAACUGGCGAGAUUUGUGACCCAAGUUUAACUUGAUGUAGUCACUCACUGAUCUGUUAUUUUCCAAAAAGGGUACUGCCCAAAGUGAAAAAAUAAUAGAAUAUGCAGGAUGAUGUAAAGUUAAUGUCUCCUGAUGAAUUGUGUCUCCACGAAUGGAGUUCCUGGAAAGUCAGGAUUAGGUUAAGAUUGUGUCAACCACCUGAUUUUAUACAGUGGAAUUUCCGUCCAAGGUUACACAUACUCAUUUACUGUUCUAGUUUUUCUGUAGUUUUUUCUCUCUCGCCCGCCAUAUUAUGUACUGUAUAAGGAAAGAUAAACCCCAACGACUGCACAAUACUGACUGACAGAAUGAAUACAAGGGUUAAAAGCAAGCGGUGAAAUAUAAGAAUAGAGUACUACCAUCUAGUGGUCUAGCUGGCAAUGACUCAGUACUGCAUGUAUCGAAGAAAAUAUAAAAGCUUAUGGAGAAAACAGUGCACAUUUAUUGUGGAGAUACAAGACAGUCAUUUUAUAAGGCCCAAAGAGAAACUGGAUUGGAAUAUUUAAAAAUAAUUUUGCCAUUAUUUGGGCCUUGUACAUCAUAGGAUUGGAAACAAAUAAAUGCCUUGUAAAUUA